AAAUAAAAUUUAUUUUGACGUCAGAGUAUUGAGUUGAAAGUCAACAAAACAGCAAAGUAGACUUGUUUUAUUUAGAGUUAUUUUUUAAAAGUUAAUAAUAUGAAGUUAACUUUACGACGUUACUCCUUAUUGUUAUUGCUGCAAUUUACAUUUCUGUUAGCUGAUUUGUUUUUCAAUACCUUUGCGCAUAUUUUUCUAAAUGAUAAACUUCAAUUAUCUAUUGUCUUUUAUGUCACUCAAGACAUUCUCAUUAUUUGUGAAUAUGUUUUCUUCACUUUUGCUGUGCAUUCAACUUGCGUUUAUGAGGUCGGCGGUGCCUCUAUAAUUUUCCGAAGUUGUAAGUUCUUUCUAAUCACAACUCUGACAUAUUUUAUACUUUCGGCCACGCAACAUUUAUGGAUUGUUUACAAUGUUAUGUGGGCGCCAAAUACGGAUUGGUCAGGCACUUUAACAGCAUUGGCAUUUUUCCAGCGAUUAGUUUCUUUUGUUUAUUACUACGCCUGUAAACAUACGGCUUUAGUUGUGUCCGAUCCUCGUUAUGAUGAAGAAAAUAUUGAUUGGAUUGCCGAACAACUGAGUGUAAAGUAAUUCGCAUUAAGGAGUGAAUAAUAAAUAGUUUAACUAAAAGAAACAUCAUUCCUUAAUUUACGUUUAAAACUAGUAAUCGCUCAAAAUAAAGUUAUCUUAUUCAAAUGUACAAAAA